UAAAUCAUUCUCCUAAACGGCUGUGAGCACACACCCUCCUGCGUAGAUUUCUCUCUGGCUCACACUUCCUCUUCAGUGCUGAGUCUCAGCAGCUGGAUUGCCUUAGGCUGCACUUCUGCCAUGGCUCCUGCAGACUUUCCAGCCUCCCUUCCUCUCUGUGUGUGCCUGCUGCUGGCCUCUGGCUUGGCCCAGGCAGGCAGGCUGCUGGUGGUGCCCAUGGAUGGGAGCCACUGGUUUACGAUGCAGACGGUUGUGGAGAAACUCCUUCACAAAGGCCAUGAGGUCGUAGUGGUUGUUCCGGAGGUGAGUUGGCAGCUGACGAAACCAUUGAAUUUUGUAGUGAAAACAUAUGCAGUUUCUCAUACGCAGGAGGAUUUAAACCGGGAGUUCAAGAUUUUUAUUGAUGCACAAUGGAAAAGUCAGCAGGAGGGAGGAAUACUUCCUCUGCUUGAUUCUCCAGCCAAAGGUUUCUUCGAAUUACUGUUUUCACACUGUAGGAGUUUGUUUAACGACAAGAAGUUAGUGGAAUACUUGAAGCAGACUUCUUUUGAUGCUGUGUUUCUGGAUCCUUUCGAUGUGUGCGGCUUAACUGUAGCCAAGUACUUUUCUCUCCCAUCCGUGGUCUUCAGCAGAGGAAUAUUUUGUCAUUAUCUUGAAGAUGCUGCCCAGUGCCCCAGUCCUCCUUCUUAUAUCCCCAGAAUGCUCUUAAAAUUCACAGACACCAUGACUUUCAAGGAAAGAACUCGGAACCUUUUGGCCUACAUGGGGGAGCGUGCAUUUUGUCAUAAGUUUUUCAAAAGUGCUGCAGAUAUUGCCUCUGAAGUUCUCCAGACCCCAGUGACUAUGACAGACCUCUUCAGCCCAGUGUCCAUUUGGUUGUUACGCACAGACUUUGUCUUGGAGUUCCCCAGACCUGUGAUGCCCAAUGUGAUCUACAUUGGUGGAAUCAACUGCCACCAGGGAAAGCCACUUUCCAAGGAAUUUGAAGCCUAUGUCAACGCCUCUGGGGAGCAUGGCAUCGUUGUUUUCUCUUUGGGAUCCAUGGUCUCAGAGAUUCCGGAGAAGAAAGCCAUGGAAAUUGCUGAGGCUUUGGGCAGAAUUCCUCAGACGGUCCUGUGGCGCUACACCGGAACUAGACCAUCGAAUCUUGCAAAGAACACAAUUCUUGUCAAAUGGCUACCCCAAAAUGAUCUGCUUGGUCAUCCAAAGACUCGGGCAUUCAUCACACACUCUGGCUCCCAUGGUAUUUAUGAAGGAAUAUGCAAUGGAGUUCCGAUGGUGAUGAUGCCCCUAUUUGGCGAUCAGAUGGACAAUGCCAAGCGCAUGGAAACUCGGGGAGCUGGGGUGACCCUGAAUGUCCUUGAAAUGACUGCUGAUGAUUUGGAAAAUGCCCUUAAAACUGUCAUCAACAACAAGAGCUACAAGGAGAACAUCAUGCGCCUCUCCAGCCUUCACAAGGACCGUCCUAUAGAGCCUCUGGACCUGGCUGUGUUCUGGGUGGAAUACGUGAUGAGGCACAAGGGGGCACCACACCUGCGCCCGGCCGCCCAUGACCUCACCUGGUAUCAGUACCACUCCUUGGAUGUGAUUGGCUUCCUCCUGGCCAUUGUGUUGACAGUGGUCUUCAUUGUCUUUAAAUGUUGUGCCUAUGGCUGCCGGAAAUGCUUUGGGGGAAAGGGGCGAGUGAAGAAAUCACACAAAUCCAAGACCCAUUGAGAAGUGGGGGGAAGUGAAGGAGAAGUAUUAGUUCAUUAUCUGAUCAGUUGAAACUUGGAAACAAGUGUUAAAUCCAUAUUGUUUUUGUUAGGGAAAUAAUUCACCAUACAUUAUACAUUCAGCACAUUUAAAAAUAAUAAUAAUAACAAUCUAAUUGCUGGCCACACCCAUCAGGGAAGGUUCUAGUAUAUGUGAUGUGCUUUUCCAGUAUCUUCAGUCUAGACAACUCUUGCCAUCUGUUGGUAAUUUACAGAAAGUCUGGCACUCUGCUUUCAGUGACAGCCCCACAGUUUCCCCUGCUCCCGCCAGCUGACGGCUUUCUCCCCUGGAUUCUCAGACUGCCGUGGCCUUCUCCAGUGUUAGUCAUUCUUCAUUGUGUUCAUGCAUUAUGGGUGGCAAGACCUUUGGAGCUUUGGGAGAAGAGAUGAGGCUGUGACACUGAUGGCCCUGUGUUUGAGAUAAUAAUUGUUGCUUGUGCCGGAAUUUGAUGAAAACCAAAGUAUGUUCUAAGGCAAGUACAUCUUCUAUUGUGUUCCCAAACCAAGAACUUAUCAAUAAAUUCAUAUAAAUUGUAUCACUACUCUUCUUUUCAUUGGUGUUAUAUUUAUUUGUUGUCAAAGUAUAUCCUCUAAUUGUAAAAGCACUACAUGAUCAUGAUGCAGAACUUGAAAACUAGAACAGAUUCACACAGGUAUACAUACACACAAGAAAGGAACCAGCUGUAAUUACAGUGCUCAUGAAUAACCAUGGCUGCUGCCUAGUUUGAUUCUGAGUCUUCCAAAGGUGCAUUGGCUGAUGGCUUGCAGCCUUGCUGAUGCUCAGCCUGUGAUAUCACUGGGAAGUUGUGCAACCAUUAAGUGGCAGUCUAGUGUGAGAAAGCUAGGUCUCUGGAGGUGUUCCUUUGAAGGAGAUACAGGGAUAGAGGUACCUUCUCUUUCUUUGUUCCCAUACUAUCCUGAAACAAGAAGGUUCCCGGACAGUCUCUUUGAGUAUUCUCUUAUCUUACACAGGUCCCAAAGCAACAUAACCACAUGAUCAGGGAUGAAAAGUCUAUAGCUAGCCCAAAAUAAACCUUUGCUCAUGAGUUGCUACAUCUCAGGUAUUUGUUACAGUAACAUAAAGUUUAUUAACAUACCUAUUGUUUUGACAAAUACACAUAAAACAUUACAGACAUUCUGUAUUAGUCAGUUUUGCAUCAGCAUAAUGAAAUAACCAAAGCAAGUAAGUUAAAAGAGAGAAGGGCUGUUUAACUUAGAGGUUAUCUUGCUUUGGCUCAGUUCUGUGAGGGUAACAGAAGGUGGCAUAUCAAACAGGAGCAUGUACAUGAACAAACCAUGAAUUAUAUCUUGAGGCAGGAACAGGGAGCUAGAGUCUGGGCUGUCACAAUCCUCUUUGAGGAAGAUCUUUAAUGACCUAUGGGCAUUUUAAUAGGCCCUACCUGAAAAAAAAAGUUUUCCCUGCUUCUCAAUAGCACACACUGAAGACCAAGCUUUUAUCACAUGGCUCUUUGGGGGCAUUUCAGAUUCAAGCUAUAUAUUCUGACCAAAAGUUCCAAAAGUUCAUGUCCAUUUCGCAAUU